UAAACGGUGAAUUCACAUACCAUUAAGGUUCAACAUAAAAUGCGCGGAGAGACUAGAAAAGUAAAUAGCGUUUACUACACAGGUGCAACAUUACUCUGGAUUCUAUAAUAAAUUUUGGUGUGUAGACUGCAAAAUGCUUAUCAAACUUUACUUUUUGUGUGUGAUAGGCAUUUAUGUGUCAGAAAGCAAGAUAAGUAUUUCUGUAUCAGAAAGCAAUGAUAUAGUUAAUACUAAGAUGAAAGAUUAUUGUAAGGGUCAUUUUGAAAAUUGUAUUUGUACGGAUACAUACGUCACGUGUCACAAUGAAGUGAAGUUAAAUGGAGAUAUAACAAAACUUCUUCACUAUAUCAAGGAUGACGUAAUAAAUAUAACGAUAACUGGUUGCAAUUUAAAGGAAUUACCACAAAACACGUUUGGAACCUGUAGACGCGCUACAUCCCUUUUGUUACGUAUGUUAAAGACAGUGGAUUUAUCAAAUAACAACAUUAUGGAAAUACACGGAAAGAGUUUUCAUUGUGUCCCCAACUUAGAGACUCUUAUUCUAAGUAACAACACAUGGGAAAUUUAUAGGGGCCCAAGUAAAACAGGGUACUUCACGUCAAUCUCAAGUCUGAAGCAUUUGGACUUAACCAACACGUUCAAAGAGAUCUGGGACACAACCAAACUGGCAAGCGUUUUCAACGAAACAGACAUGACUUCUCUUGAAACACUGAAACUGGGUUACAAUGAACUUUUUUCAUUUUCACUCUCGCCUGCAAACUUUUUCUGUCCGCUGACAUCGUUGAAAACAUUAGAUCUUUCUCACAACAAUUUAGAGGACCCCUCUUUACCAAACAAAACAAACUGUUUGGAAAAAUUGGAGACGCUAGAUGUUUCAUAUAACCGAAUGACAAUGUUGACACAAAAAUUUAUGGACAAACUCGAAAACUUACAUACCUUGGAAGAUGUUAAACUGGACAACAAUCCAUUCAGUUGUGACUGUGGACUUAUAAAAACUUGGAAGUGGUUGAACUCUACCAAAGUCCCAGUUCUAAAUAAAAAGGACCUUAAAUGUGCCAGUGGUUAUCAUUCUUCGUACAGGAAUACACCUAUAUUGAGCCUUUCCCUGUCAGACCUGAAAUGUGAAGUGCUCGGAUCGCCUUCAAACACCGCUGUUAAAGCAAGUACUGGAAUAAUAUUAUCGGUAAUUGGAUUAAGGUUCUUGUAAAUAACCUUUGAGACGUCCGCACGCGUUAAUUUUACACCACAACAUAAAGGGCCACAAGUAGAAGGAACUUUCAAGGCAGAUUGCUUUCUUUAAAAAAAAAACAGUUAGUACUGUAUCACGGGUACUUCGACUGCCCACGUUCCGUUUUGUAAAUAAUAUCAAUUUCUUUUUCUUAUAAUAUAAUAAGUACUUGGUCAUUACUUAAUCGUUAUUGUAUGUGUGUCUAACAUAAUUCUCCAGGUAUUCUGGAAUUUGAAAGUGUUACUUACUAUGUAUAUUACAUAUCAAAAUGAAAGCGAAAGUAGAACAUUCAAAAUGACAAAAAAAAGCUGAAAUGCUUAAAAAAAAUGUUAACUAUUUAUCGAUUCUCGGAGUACCAAGUUAAGUAUAAGUUAAGACACACAACAAAAAGUUUAGAGAAAAUAUGGUUGAUAAAGAAGUUUGAUAUUUUCUACAACAUAGAAUAUGGACAGUCGACUUACAUGAAAUAAAAGACAAAAUAUAUAUAACCGAACAAGGUGACCAUUGUAAAAAGUAUUUACUUCUUCUUCUGAGCAAUUCGGUAUAUAUGUACAUUAUGAAUAUUACGGGCCUGUAAGGUAUGAUUUACAAAAUAAAAUUUUACCCAAGGCUUGUCUCAAACUCUCAGUUACAUUAUCCGUAAAUUUUGAUUGCUUUUCUGGUUGUACUCAGAGAGUAAAACUUUAAUGAAAAAGUGGAAAGCACUUCCGGUCACACCAAAGAUAGGCCUCUGUGCAGGGAUUUGCUGUGACUCAUAAUUAGAUAUAGAUAGUUCAAAGCUUUCAGUUACAUUGAUAAACUAUUUUGGUUGUUGAUUUUAAUGGAAUUGAACAAAAACAUUAUAUUUAUUAGAUAAAACAAAAGGUUUAUUCUUUCUCAAAACAACGACUGAAAAUGUUUGAUAUGCACAGGUUGCUGGAUUUAGAGGCCAUUUUCUGGUCAAGUUGCAACCAAAAUAUCUGCUCAUGAUUUUGGAAGGUAUUGUAAAAAGAGGUUACGCUGUAUUAAUCAUUAUAUCAAAUGGUAAUAUAAAAUAUGAAAAAUAAAAUAUAAAAAUAAUGUUUUCUUGAAAAAAAGGAAAUAUAUCUACUAGAUCACCCCAACCCAUUUACUUAUAUUCCGAGUGUUGUUAUAUACCUGCAUUAUUUGUGUGAAAAUAAUUAACCUAUGCGUGAUCAGUAUUAGCCUGGGAAUCUAGUUUGACAAUGUCUAAUUUUUUUUCUACCUGCAAAUUGACAAGUUGAUAUCAGACACUAGAUGAAUGCCAAUUAACACUAAUUAGCGCAAAUUAAGUGGGGUCUUAAAUGCAUAGAUCUUCUGGUAAAGCACGAGUAUUAUCAACGGCUUCCCAGGCUAGUUCAGUCUAUACUUUAUAGUUAAAAUACACAUACCAUGCAACUCAUGUUAGAUUCUGUAACAUUUAGACUUACAAAGUCUGUUUAGAUCAAAUAGUCUGUAAUAAUCUUAAUUUCUUUCUUCAUACAGACAUUGAUAUUUUCUAAGAAAGCCAUUUUCUCCCUAGGCUCAUCUCAGUAGAGUUCAGAGAUAAGAGAUAUUGUAAAUUUUUCAAGAAAGUGCUAUUUUAUAGUAGAUAUCAUAGGAUUUUGUAGUAAAGAUAUUUGUUUUGAAAAACUCUUACGACUGAUGCCAAUCUAUGUAACAUUAUAAACCAAAAGUAUUAAACAGUUUUACAUUUUUGACUUUCAUACCAAAUGCAAAGGUAAGAAAAACACUUGAAUAACAAUGCGUAUUGAGAAAAACAAGAACAAUGAUAUUUAUAUGUAAAAUGAUACCUCAGUGAUGAUAGAUAAUGAUGAUCUAAUGUUCGUUUGUUUACUAGUGGUUUGUGUCUCUUAAAAAAAACUUCCUUUUUUGAAAUUCAUAUUUUGAAAAUAGGCCCUCAUCGUCUUAGGUUGUAUUUAUGAGUUAUAUAUUAAGUCUGUUGGAACAUUUUGCACAGUCGACUUAUUAGAUAUGCAGAUCUUACUUGUUUUAAGGUAUCCGAUCAACAAAUAGAUAACAUUUCGAUACCUGGUGACCCUAUGUUUGUUGCUUUUUGUUGUUGUUGUUGUUGUUUUUGUAUCAUUUGAAAGAGUUGUGUUUGCUGAACAAGAAUAAGUAAAUAAAAUUACCAUAAUGAUAUGCACGAAUCACUACAGUUGUUUUUAACUGCAAAAUGAUAAAUCUUACAUUUAUGUAAUUUAUAUUUUCUUUUUCAGUAGAUAUAUAAACUUUCAAAUAAUACCAAAAUUAUAUGAGCUUACCAGGCAUCAAUAUUUGAUAUAUCUUAAUAGCACGGUUACAUAGAACUUACUUUUUGUGCACCGGAUACCUUAAAUGACAUUUUUUGUGUAUUCUGAAUCUCAAUUAUAUAAUGUGUUUUUAUUUGUAAAUAGUUUGAUAUUCAUUUUAAUUAUAUAAUAUGUGUGUUCAUGCAUUCCAAGUAUAUGAUUACCAUUCAUUUGGGUUUAUAUAAUCUACAUAUUAAGGAUGUAUGAUCACUAUUUUUUGUACAAUAAUAUUUUUUUUCUUUUCUGUGAGCUUGAAGAACAUUUGUUUCUAACAAAUAUAAACAGGUACGUUUUUAUAGGGCAUUUUACCCAAAGUUUAAGCAUUUCUGAAAUUAAGUAAAAUUUUAAAAAAACUUGGGUCACUUUAUAAAACAUAUGAUAUCCUGUUUAAUGUAAUAGGGAUUUCAGGUUUUACAGAUUACUAUGAAUACAUGGUGAUAUCAGUAUUAUAUAAAUAUAAGUACAACAAAUCACUUUCAUUCUUACUUAAUAACUGUUACAUAAUUAUCCUACCCACAUUUUCCAAUGGAAAAUGUAUUUAAAUAUACAAAAACAAUCUGUUGUUAAGAUAUUUAAAAUAUUUCGCUGCUUUAAUAACACACAAAUAUGCUUCAGAGUGGACAGACAGAAACUCAGGGUGUAUCUAAGAAGAAUAUUUUGAAAAAAAAUCUGUAAAAACUGGCGAAUUUCGUUAUUCUUAAUUCCUUUUGUUUUAAUGAUACUUCCUUUGUAAUAAAUACUAUAUUGAAAACUUUUUCAAUUGUAGUUUAUUAUAUAUCAGUACGAAAAAUAUCAGAACCAAACUUGUUCUACUUAAGUAGACUUUUGAAAUUAGCGACCCCUCCCCCAUUGUGCAUCUUACGUCAGAUUAAAGCAAAAUCCGGACAAAAAUAGUAAUAUGUAAUACAUGUGUGUCAUUUAUAAGUACGUUAUCAACUACUUGCAUAUCAUGCACCAAUAAGUUGUAAUCUAAAUCUAUAACAUUCUUACUAGCAUUAAUAACAAUGUCUAUUUUUUGUCAUAUAAUACAGCAGUAUUUUCUGUGGCGGGGAUGGGGUGGUAGCUAAUGCAGUUUCACAUUCGUCGGAGUCGGGUUCCCGAUAUGGUUAAGUUUUCGUAUAUAAGCUGGUAUCUCAGUAACUAAUUGUGGAAAUUGAUUGGAACUUGACACACUUAUUUACUGUGAUUAACUGGCUUGCAGAGCACAUGUUCCAUAACUCUACUUUACCUUUUUACAAAAUUAUACCCCCUUUUCGACUUAGCAGUGUUUGGUUUUUGUCUGUAAGCUGGUAUCUCUGUACACUAUACCGGGAAUGGGUUCCGACUUCACACUCUGUUCACUGUGAUGAUCUGAUAUGCAAAGUACAGGUUUCAUAUCCCUACUUUUAUUUUUAUACAUGUGCGGGUAUCUCAUUACUCACUAAUAGGAAUGGAUUGAAAAUUCGUACACAUUUCAUCUGAUUAAAUGACAUUUUAUUGUGUAUUCUGAAUCUCAAUUAUAUAAUGUGUCUUUAUUUGUAAAUAGUUUGAUAUUCAUUUUAAUUAUAUGUAUGUUCAUGCAUUCCAAGCAUAUCAUUACCAUUCAUUUGGGUAUAUAUACCCUACAAUUUAAGGAUGUAUAACCACUUUUUGUACAAUAAGAAUGUACUCUGUUAUUAAGGUUUUAAAAGUAUGUCGCUGUUUUAUUGACAUACAAAUAUGCUUCAAAAUGGAAAGAAAAGAGUUAGAGUCCCCGUGCAUCUAAGAAGUAGAUUUCGAAAAGAAACGGUACAAACUAGUGAAUUUUGAUAUUUUUAGUUUCUUUCGUUUUAAUGAAACGUACUAUAUUGAAAAUUGUAGCUUAUUAUUAUUAUAUAUCAGUCAGAGAAAAUAUCAGAACCAAACUUCUUCUACUUAAGUAGAUAUUUGAAAUUGCCAACCCCUACCCCAUUGUGCAUCUUACAUCAGAUUAAGGCAAAUUCUGGUAAAAAAUAGUAAUAUGUAAUACUAGUGUGUCAUUUGUAAGUACGCUAUUAACACUUACAUAUUAUGUACCAAUAAAUUAUUAUCUAAACCUAUAACAUUCUUACUAACUUUAAUAACAACGUCUAUUUUUUGUCAUAUAAUACAGCUGUUUUCUGUGUCGGGGAUGGGGGUGUAUCGCAUGGGCUUAUCGGUGGAGAUUGACCAAAUCAUUUAGCAUGGUCUAUAAAUAUUAUCUUUUAAUUCGUUAUUGAUGCCUUUAGUGUUUGAAAAUAUGUAUAUAGUAUCUUUAAGAAAUUUAUCGAGUUUGAAAUAAUACAUAUAUUGUCUGAAAGUGAUUUAUAGGCCCAUGGAGGCCGGUUUUUCUUAGAAUGAUGUUGGAAACACUUGGCUUAACUGUAUAUUGUAUAACACAUUUAAAUAAAAUAUUUACUUGUCAA